UACGGACGGCACCACGGCGCAAACCCCCCUUUUCCAAAGGCCCCACCCCGUCUUUCCCCUCACACCCACUCACAGACGGCAUCGGACACGGUGUACCGUCUCUAAUCCUCCGCUCCCCUAUAAUCACCUAGAGCGUCCGUAAGCUCCAAUGAAUUCGGACCAAGUAACCCCGCCUGCCGGACCGGAUACCGGCGGCAGCAACCCCUCCUCCAACUCCAACUCCUCUGCCCCCGGCCCCGGGCCCUCAUCCAUCAACCACCAAGCAUCGGCUUCGGCAUCGGCGUCAGCCUCUGCAGCCGCAGCCGCAAAACGAUCCCGCGUCCUCCUCUCCUGCGGCCCCUGCCGCACAUCCAAGCUGAAAUGUGACCGCUCCGAACCGUGCGGCCAGUGCCUGAAGAAAUCCCGCCCGGAAGGCUGCGUCUACGCGCCCAAGCCCGAGAAGCAGAAGCCCGCCAAGGGCAUGGCGGCGCGGCUCAAGAGGCUCGAGGGCAUGGUGAGGACGAUGAUGGAUGAAGGAGCCAACGGCGCGGGACCACAGACUGCUGGUACUGAUGCAGCUGCUGCCAACGCCGUGGAGGAGAAGGGUGUCGCGCAGCCUGGGGGUCAGCUUGUUCAGGGGGACAGGGCGAGUACGUACGUCGGGGCUACGCAUUUCAUGGCCAUUCUCGAGGAUAUUGAAGAUAUGAAGAGCUACUUUGAGGAGCCAGAGGCCGACUGCGACGAGAGCCCUGAGCCAUCCGACGAGAUCGAGGCCCCAGAUCUCAUGCUCUUUUCUAGAAACAUGCCUCGCAGCAGAGAAGAAUUGUUGAAGCUACUUCCCGAGCGCAAGAUUGUCGACAGACUCAUCAUGAGGUACUUUUCCUCUCGCAGUCCAUCACAACACAUCGUCCACAGACCAACCUUUGUAAAACAUUACGCCCGCUUCUGGUCCGACCCGUCCGGCACCGACCUCCACUGGCUAGCCCUCCUCUUCAUGGUCAUGUCCCUCGGCGUCUUCUACUCGACCUUCAUGGCGCCCCACGAGCUCUCGGGCGACUCUCCGCAGCCGCCCAUGGACCGCUUCAAGCUCUUCCGUGCCGCCGCCGCCUACUGCCUCGUCUGGGGCAAGUACACCCACCCCACCAUCGCCACCAUCCCGCCCUUCAUCCUCUACGUCGAGGCCGAGUUCAUCAUCUCCCGCGCCGCCCAGAUGAACUGCUACGUCCUCUCCUCCGUCUGCCUCCGCCUCCUCCUCAAAAUGGGCCUCCACCGCGAUCCGGACCGCCUCCUCGCCGGCACCGUCUCCCCUUACGAGGCGGAGAUGCGCCGCCGCAUGUGGAACAUGGCCGUCCAGCUCGACCUCCUCGUCUCCUUCCACAUGGGCCUCCCCAGCAUGCUCAACGGCAUCGACGCAGACUGCGCCCUCCCGCGCAACCUCGUCGACGAGGACUUUGACGAAGACACCCCCGUCCUCCCGCCCGCGCGUCCCGUGACGGACUACACGGAGAUGACGUAUCCCAUCAACAAGUCCACCAUAAUGCUCGUCUUCGGCCAGGUCGCGCGGCAGUCCCACCUCCUCGCCCCGCCGCCCUACGCCGAGGUAAUGCGCCUCGACGACCUCCUCAACACCUCGUGGCGCGCCGUGCCGCCGUUCAUGAUGGUCAAACCCCUCCAAGAGUGCGUCACCACCCCGCCCAUGCAAAUCAUCCAGCGCUUCGGCCUCGCCUCGCUCUACAACAAGAGCCGCUGCGUCCUCCACCGCCGGUUCCUCCUCGAGCCCCGGCCGCGGCGCGAGCACGACUACUCGCGCCAGCAGUGCCUCGAGGGCGCCGUAACCCUCCUCGACUUCCAAAACACGAUUUGGCACGCCUGUCAGCCGGGCAACAUGCUCAGCCAGCACGGCUGGUUCGUCUCCUCGCUCGCCGUGCACGAUUUCCUCCUCGCCGCCACCAUCAUAUACCUCGCCGUCGGCCACGAACCGUUCUGGGGCGGUGACGCCGACAUGGACGUGGACGGGACCACCGCCGCGGCGACAUCUGCUUCGCCCGCGUGGAUGGCGGAGAUGGAAUCCCCACCUACGAGGGCGUACCUCCUGCACCUGCUGCAGAGGUCAUACUCCGUCUGGGUCGCCAUCGCGGGCGGCGUGCCCGAGGUGAAGAAGACGGCGGAUAUCCUGGAGACGAUGCUCAGCAAGCUGGGGUCGCCGCCGAAUUCUCCGCCAGAGAACAGGGGCGCAAAGGUAUCGUCGGCGUCGGGACUUCGCCAGAGUGACGGGCCGGCAUCAGCGGCUCGUUCUGCUCAAGACGACCAACAGCUCCUCAACGGCCUUUCGAUCAAUGGUACGGCUGCGAAGAUAACCCCCCCUGGUGAUAAACCUACUAACUAUCUAGCAGAUUCCACAUCGUUGCCUACAGCCACGGCGAACCGUUUCCAGCCCUUUGAGUUUGUCACUUCAGGCCUCGGACCUAGUGAACCUGGGCUCGAUCGUGGAUGGGCGGCUGUUGGCGACGAAGAAAUGGACUGGCGAUACUUUGACAAUAUCAUGGCCCAGCCUCACAACGACCCCAUCGGUCUCGAGUCACUGGACGCGUCCCAGCCGUGGUUCGAACGGGCACUGGGACCAGAGGAUUUCGACUUCUCUAUGUCUAGUGCAUGGGAUCCGAGCUUGGGACAGUCACGUUGAAGUCAUGGCUUACCGCCUUCAAAAGCUGUUUGCCACAAUAAGCUUCUAAGCCUACAUAUCAAAGUUCCAUUGCUCAGAAACCGCUGUCAGGGCGGCUUGGCAGCUGAACGAAGCUGAUCUGGGGCACACAAGCAUCGCCCUCGAGCUUGGCCGCCCCAGAAGGGGUACAUGGGGCUGCGGCUCCGCGAGCUCCUCCAAAAGAAGCAUCUCCUCCUCUUGGGUACAAGCCCCUCCAGCCCCCCCGACCCAGUGCAGCAACUGGCUCGCUUAGGGGCUAACUGGACCUGAUGAAGUUUUCUCUCCCCAACACGCGAUAUCGGUGCCCACAACCAAGAUG